UUCUCAUCUCUUUUGCUAUUCACUUGUAUAAAAGUGGUAUUUGCACUACAUCUAAAGUAAUGAAUGUACAUUGCUUUUGGUAGUUGUGUUAACCUUGGAAAAGUCCCCUCUAUUUAUACUUGGAAUAGUCGGGAAAUAACUUUUUAAUGCAACGACAAGUUCGUGUCACACCAUACAUUUCCUUAUCAAACACAUGCUAAACACAACUCUAAAUAAUUUUUUCAUAUACAAAUGUUAUGUGUAUCAUUAUUACUAAUAUGGGUUAAUGAUUGUAGCAUAAGAAGAUUUUGAGAAGACCUUGAAUAGACCUAUAUUUCCAACAAUGUAUUACAUAGAACAGAGGAGUCGGGAAUGGGACGACAAAAUUAGUUAAACGUGGCAAUGUUAUAACCAGCAUCCAUCCAAUCCAGACAAACAUCAUCCACGAUCUAGAAUAAGCCAAAAAGUUCGAAAUGGAAUAGAAGUAAAAUUUAUGCGGCCAGCAAUUCAGGCUCCUUUUUGGAAUAAAAAAUGAUCAGGUUGUCUUUGAGAUUUUGAAUUAUAGGAUUAAGGAGGGUGUCAUUUGUCAAUGGCUUCUCAUAGCUUGAGCAGCUUAGGCUAUUCAUUUCUAGUACCUGCGAUAACCCACUUUCAUUUUCAGGGAAAAUCAAGCCUUUCAUUAGCUUUUAGUUUGAUACAUAAACCUAUCACAAAAGGCGUAACAGUCCGUUCAAUGGGUUCUUCUGCUUCUUCUCCAAAUCAAAAUAGCAGUUUAAAAGAGGGAGGGCAAACAGACUAUUCUUCUCUUACAAAUGAAGACUGGAAAAAACGCCUGACUCCGGAGCAAUUUUACAUAUGUCGUCAAAAAGGCACAGAAAGGGCAUUUUCAGGGGAAUACUGGAACACAAAAACUCCCGGAACCUAUCACUGUGUUUGCUGUGAUACCCCUUUGUUCGAAUCAUCUACCAAAUUUGACAGCGGGACUGGUUGGCCAUCCUAUUAUAAACCAAUAGGAAACAACGUUAAGUCAAAGUUGGACUUAUCAAUCAUCUUCAUGCCCCGAGAAGAAGUCUUGUGUGCUGCUUGUGAUGCUCACCUUGGACAUGUGUUUGAUGAUGGUCCGCCACCAACAGGAAAGCGUUACUGCAUCAACAGUGCUGCACUAAAACUUAAACCGAAGAACACAUCUGAAUGAGCUGUAUCAUACAAAGUAGGAAAGUUGUUUAACACCCAGAUGUUGUACCGGAAUCGAGUAAAUUUUUGUAGAUAUAUAAGAAAAAUUGUGAUUUGUAUAUUACUGAUGAGCAUUUUGAUAGUGUUUUAUGCCAUGUAUUUUCUGAAAUUCCUGUGAUGUACUGAAGUUGUGUAAUAAGUGACCCAGUUGUUCAUCUAUUGAUCUAAUACUUGAAAUUGUUGAUUGUA